GGAAUGGCAGAUCCAGCUAGUUAUGGGAAUUAUGACCGUGAUAUUGAGCAAGCACUAAUUAUUUUAAAAAAGGGCAGUCAAUUAGUAAAGUAUUGUCGAAAAGGGAAGCCAAAAGUUGUUCCAUUUAGGCUCUCAGCAGAUGAAACAAAGCUGAUUUGGCUUUCUCAUGGAAAGGAAAAGAGUCUAAAGUUAUCUUCUGUUUCACGCAUAGUCCCUGGACAGAGAACAGCUGUCUUUAGAAGAUAUUUGCGCCCUGAAAAGGACUACCUGUCAUUUUCACUUAUUUACAAAAAAGGGGAACGAUCACUUGAUUUGAUCUGCAAGGACAAAGCUGAGGUGGAGGUAUGGUUUGCGGGCCUUAACGCAUUAAUAUCUUCUGGACAUAAUAGUAAGCGCCCUAGAAGUGAGUUUACAGAUGUGAGUUUUAAUGGAAUUUCUUUGAAUGAUACUCUAUUUUUCAGAUUACUUAGUUUACAUCUUGCCAAAUAGAUUGUUCUGACUUUGCUCAUAAUGAAAGCUUCAAAUAUGCCAGUGAGGACAAGUGGAGGAGAUGGUUCUUCUCGUAUCAGUGUGUCAAGUGUUGGCUGUGCAAGUAGUGUAUUGUCCGGACAAGACGACAUAGAAUCUCUCGGAGAUGUCUUCAUAUGGGGAAGAAUUUGGGCACAUGGAGCCUCACAUGAUGGGUUUGGGAGUCAGGUCCUUUCGACAAAGAAUGUGCUAACUCCUAAGUCAUUAGAGUCUAAUAUUGUUAUUGAUGUUCAUCAGAUCGGGUGUGGUGUACAUCACAUUGCUCUCAUUACAAGGCAAGGAGAGGUGUUUACAUGGGGAGAUGACUCUGGAGGGAGACUUGGUCAUGGGCUUCAUAAAAAUCGUGGGAGACUGCAACUCGUGGAGUCUUUAGCUGUUACUAGUGUAGGUUUUGUUGCAUGUGGUGAAUACCAUACUUGUGCUCUGUCUACACAUGGUGAUAUAUUUACUUGGGGUGAUGACAUACAUAAUGCAGGACUUCUUGGGCAUGGCACUGAUGUGAGCCAUUGGAUACCAAAGAAGAUUGGAGGACCUUUAGAUGGACUUCUCGUUGUAUCUGUAGCAUGUGGCACAUGGCAUUCAGCAUUGGUUACCUCCAUUGGAAAACUGUUUACCUUUGGUGAUGGAAAAUUCGGUGUCUUGGGCCAUGGAGAUCGAGAUAGUGUAUCAUAUCCGAAGGAGGUGCGCUUAAUGUGUGGACAAAGGGCAAUCAAAGUUGCAUGUGGAGUAUGGCACACUGCAGCAAUUAUAGAGGUUGUUGAUCAUUGUGGUACAAAUGCAUCUUCAUCUAGGAAGCUUUUCACAUGGGGCGAUGGCGACCAAUAUCGUCUUGGCCAUGCUAGCAAGAAUACCUAUCUUCAACCAACUUGUGUCUCUGCACUGAGUGACUAUAGUUUUCAUCAGGUAGCAUGUGGGACCACUAUGACUGUUGCCCUCACUGCCUCUGGUCAGGUCUUUACUAUGGGAGAAACUAAAUAUGGUCAACUAGGAAAUCCAAUGUCCAAUGGAAGAACACCAAGUCUGGUCAAAGAUAAUUUAGUGGGUGAGGUUGUAGAGGACAUAUCAUGUGGUUCACAUCAUGUGGCUGUGGUGACUUCAAAAGGUGAACUAUAUACAUGGGGCAGAGGUGCCAAUGGAAGAUUGGGACAUGGAGACACAGAUGACCAUAACACACCAAUUUUGGUUGAAGCCUUUAGAGACAGACACGUAAAGCAUGUUUCGUGUGGCUCAAGCUUUACAUUUUGUGUAUGCAUACAUAAGUGGAUUUCUGGAGCUGACCAAUCACUUUGCUCGGGUUGCCGGCAACCAUUUGGUUUUACAAGAAAAAGGCAUAAUUGUUAUAAUUGUGGAUUGGUGUAUUGCCAUCCUUGUAGCUCCAAAAAGUCAAUAAGAGCAGCAUUGGCUCCAACACCUAGCAAACCACAUCGUGUGUGUGACUCUUGUUAUUCUAAGCUUAAAGUUCCUGAGACUAGCAGUGCUUCUUCCACUUAUAAUAAGGAUGUUACUCGUGCUCAUAGAAAGGAAAGAUUUGAUACAAGAGAGGCAAAGAAUGCAAAAAUUCUCUCAUCUCCCAGCACCGAUCCUGUAAAAUACUUUGAGACAUUGACGGGUAAGAAUAUAACUUUGCAUGACUCUUCUUCCACAGUCCGAGUUGCUCAAGCUCCUUUGCGUAUUCCAAUGGAUAAUGUGUUUCCAAGUUCAUCUAGUGUCAUGCAGAAUGCUUCUGUUCCCGUUACACAAUCAACUCAACCUCCAACUCCACCUACACCAAGUAAUUUAAGACCUCCAUCACCGUAUGCAAGGAGACCAAGUCCACCACGUUCUAGUUCCCCCGGAUUUUCAAGAAGCCUCAUUGAUAGUUUAAAGAAGACAAAUGAUCUUUUGAAUCAAGAAGUCUCUAAAUUAAAAAACCAAAAUCAAAAUUUGAAGCAGAAGAGUGACAUGCAAGAUAUCAAGAUUCGGGAACUUGAGAAAAAGAUUGAGGAAUCUACCUCAUUGGUUAAAGAGGAAUCAUCUAAGCAUAGAAUACUGAAGGAAUAUCUCCAGUGCAUGACAGAUCAGUUGAGGGAAGUGACUGAGAACUUGCCACCAGUUCCUGACUAUGAAUCUUUAAUUACCUUGCAUACUCAUGCUGAGACAUUUCUUAAAGAAAAUAUGGAAUUCAAAUCCUUAUUUGCAUCAACGUUGGAAUCAAGGUCACAAAGUGCAAAUGAUUUACAUGGCGCACACAAUGACUCUCGUAAACAGCCAGAACAAAAAAUGGAAGAAACCGUUGAUGCUGCUGGAGCUGGUUCAUCUAUGAAUGGAGGAAAUGCUCUUCAAGAAAGCAAUGAGUCAUCUUUGUUGAGUCCAAAUAAGCCAAGAUCAUCUAAUCCACACAGACCCGGGAAUGAGAAACAAGAAGAAAUAGUGACCAUCGAACAAUUUGAACGUGGUGUUUAUGUAACAUUUGUAGAAUUACCUUCUGGUGGAAAAGUUUUUAAACGAAUUAGAUUCAGUAAGCGCAAAUUUGACGAGACUCAAGCAGCAGAAUGGUGGAACCAAAACAAAGAUAGGGUGCUUAUGAAAUAUAGUCCAGAAUCUGUACAGGAUGCAGCUACUGGCUCAUCUAUUAGCCCCACCAGAAGUUGA